UAAAAAUCGAACUUAAAAAUUGUAAACAUUGUAAUUUGUAAUGUAUUUAUCUUAUCACUACAAAGAAAAAUACAUAUUUCUGCUCGUGAUUUAAUGUACUAGCUUAAUCAAAUGAAAUACUAUAUAUAUACAAAGGCAAGAGGCUAGAUACUGUUUUAUAACAAAUACCUACUUUAUUUACAUUUAUUCAACCUAAAAAACAAAACUUGUUGCUUUGUUUAUACCAAAGUCCACUUCGUCAAGAUUUUGCAACCGGUGUGUAAUUGCCUAAAAUGGAUAACUCUGACACUAUUAUAGAAUCGGUACAGGGGAUGAUUAAAAUAGUGACGUAUAACAAGCCUAAAAGGAAAAAUGCAAUUGACUUUGAUAUGUAUAAGAGAGUAACAAGGAUCCUUAAUGAUGGAGCGAAAGAUAGCAACGUGUCUAUGAUGGUACUCACCGGAGCAGGGGAAUACUUCAGCAGUGGCAAUGACCUGGUUGCAUUAAGGACAGCCCAUACACCCAGCUUCCUCACAGUGCUACAUGAUUUUAUUGAAGCCUUCAUUACAUUCCCCAAGUUACUUGUAGCAGUUGUGAAUGGACCGGCUGUAGGCAUUGCUGUGACCACUCUGCCACUUUGUGACUUAGUGUUUGCUGCGGAGAAUGCCUUUUUCUAUACUCCGUUUGGAAAGCUAGGUAUCACAGCGGAAGGAUGUUCAACAUUUACAUUCCCAAGAAUUAUUGGAUAUGGAAAGGCUUUGGAAAUGCUAGUGUUCAACCAAAAGAUGAAUGCCAAAGAAGCUCUGGAUUAUGGAUUUGUUAACUGUGUUUAUAAACCAGAGGAAGUCCAAACCAAGGUAUGGAACAAGCUAGUUGAAAUAUCGAAUGUUUCAAAUGAUCUAUUAACAACAACUAAAAGAUUGAUGAGAAGUUCCAUUCAAGACAAGUUGUUGGAAGUGAAUGAUGAAGAGAUUCGUCUACUGAACGAGGCUUGGUCUUCUAGAGAGUCAAAUCAAAAAGAUUCUGAUACUAUCAAAAGUAAAAUUUAAAAUAAAUAUGGUACUGAAAUCAUGAAUUUAAAAACAAUAAUUUUUGUUUGGUUCGGUAACAAUAGAAUUUAAACAGUGUAAUAACAUAUAACAGAAAUGUGAUGUAUGAUAUUAGUACCUAUACCAAUAGUUUUUUUUAAGUGCAAUAAAUAUUUUUUUGUUUGAAAUGGA